GGUGACGUUUGGUUUUCGCAGAUGGUACGACUUUUGUCCGAAGAAAAACAUGUUUCGUACUCUGGAAACAAAUACAUUUUAAGUCCAGUUUCUUCUCUAAAUUAGUUUAAUCUUAUGUGAUAUAAAUAAGUGUUAACGUAAUAUUUCUAAGUACCUAUAGUUUUUUUUAUAUCACGUCGAGACAGCCAUGGAUCCUUUUAUUAUUGCAGCAAUAAUAAGUGCAAUUGUUAUAGUUUUGCUAUCAAUUGCAUUCCUGCGGGUGGGAUCGCAAAUCAAACCACAAGGUGGAGCAAGACCUCGAGCUGUAGUUCAGAGAGAUGGAGGCCCAGGAAGAGUACAAGCUGUUCGAAAUCAAAGAGCACGGAUGAGAGCAAAUGCAGCCCGACACCAAGCUGCUGCCCUCGAGGAGGAACCAGAUGUAGUAGAUGAAGUUGAAGAAGAUAAUCCUACUGAGACCCAAAAAGUAGAAUUUGAUGACAAAAUGGGUGCUAAGAAAAGGGCGAAACUGGAAGCCAAAAUGGAGAAAAAGAAGGCAAGAGAAGCAGAAGAACAAAUGAGAGAGAUCAAAAAGAAGAAAGAUGAGGAAUUAGAACAAGAAAGGAAAAAGAUUGAAGAAAAACAGGAGGAAGAAGAACGCCAGAGAGAGGAAGCUGAACGGAAAGCAGAAGAAGAACGCAAAAGACGCGAACAAGAAGAAUAUGAAGCCAUGAAAGCAGCAUUCACUGUGGAAGGCGAGGGUUUUGAUGAAAAUGAUGAACAGGAUAAAGAGAACUUGCUUAAAGACUUCAUAGACUACAUUAAGGCCCAAAAGGUAGUUCUGCUUGAAGAUCUGGCUGCCCAUUUCAAACUGAAGACACAAGCUGCAAUUGACAGGAUAACAGAAUUGCAAUCAUCUGGUGAACUUACUGGUGUUAUUGAUGACAGGGGAAAAUUCAUUUACAUAUCACAGAAAGAGCUUGAAGAUGUUGCUAAAUUCAUCAGACAAAGGGGCAGAGUAUCCAUCACAGAUUUAGCUGAAUCUAGUAAUGAUUUGAUUAAUUUAAAUCCUGUAACUGUACCCUAGUCCUGCCGCUAGCAAAUAGUAACUUUUUAAGUUUUCAUUAUGUUUGUACUCAUGUCGUUAUAUAGAGUAAAAAAAGAUAUGUACAUGUUAAUACAAAUAUUUAUUUUUAAAAUGAAAGAAUGAGACACAAUUAAUCAAUUAUUUCAUAUCCAAACAUAUCUCUUCCUUUUUCAAUUAAUAUUAGGGACGAUUCCUUAAUCCUGUCCAAAAAUUCCAUCAUUUUGCUCUUAGUAAACACCUGGUACAAACAUCUAUUCUCUGCAGCAAUAAGGUCGCAUAACUUCAGAGCUUCUUUAUGAUUCUCAAUAUCAUCAGUACUUUGCAAUAUCUUUAAAAUCAAAAUAACAAUUUCAGGAAGACAAAGACGUCUCAAAGUCUCCAAUUGUUUAGUUCUUUCUUGUUUUUCAUCAUCACUGAACUUUUCUGAAGUAGUACUAUCAUUUUCAUCUUGAAGCCAUCCACCAGGGAAUAAUAACACAUUGUACAGCAAAUCUUUUGUGUGUUUUGCCUGAUGUUGUACAGCAUUCAGCCAACGAGAUUUUUGUUGUUCCACUUGAGCACAUCUUUGUUCAUGAUGCACUUUAUCAGAAAAUGAUGCAUCUGGAGGAAGUGGUUCUACAUCUUUAGGUUGACCGCUAAUAAAAUGUCUGUACCAAGUAGCAAAUCCUUCUAGUGCUUCCAAGUAUGCCUUCAAACAAAGAUGUUCUCUCAAUUCUGCUGAGCUUGUAGGAAUUUUAUUUAAAAAAUCAGGGAACAUUUUGUUCACAUUAACAACACAAGCCAAAGCAGCAUCUGUAUUUCCAAUGAAAAUGAAAGUUCUAAUCAUGGCAUUACUAAGCCACAAGGCUUCUUCAACUUGAUUUGAUAUAAGAGAUAACCACUCAAGGGAUGAUAUUACUUUUUGAAUCAAGGUCUUAUCCUUUUCAACAGCUGUGGUUUGAGUGAAAGUCAAAUCCAGAUUACCAUACCCUUGUUGAAUAUCUGUGAUUGCUUUUUUUAUGGCAACCCUAGCAGAAGCACCAACAUCAAUGCCAGCAUUGAGCCCUGCUUUAACAACUCCCUCUCUGUAUUCGCUUUUGUGGACAUGAUCCAUCAGUUCUGCAUAAAGUGCUAUCUGUCUGGUAACAGGAACUGUAGAAGUGUAAUAUGCAAUGAGCUCUGGACAUUCCACUGAACCAUUAAUUAAUUUACUCACAAGUUCAGUAACAUAUUUCUCUAGAAUUUUAUCUCCAAUAUCAUGUUGGGGAUCUUUUCCCAUUUGUCUUAAAAUUAGAAUAAGAUGUGCCAAAAAUCUAAUAAACCUGUCAUCACAGCUGUCAAUCCAUUGCAAAGAAUCUUGCAUAAUGGCUCUAACAUGACCAAGCAUAAGGUGACGCUGACAAGUUUGGUAUAAAGAUUCUUUUUUACCAUCCAUCAAGGCUUUUACAGCAUUAAAGAUCUGUUGUAAUGUCAUUUCAUCAACCUGAAGCUCUGACUGUAAGAGUUCCAAAACAUCUGAUGGUGUUGUGCUAGCAUCAACUGUAGCAUGAUGUUCAUGUAAAAACUUAUCAACUCUUGCCUCAAUUUGUGCCCUUAGAUGAGCCCAGAGCAAAUCUUCCCAACUGCCUUGACAAGCUGGCAGUGUACUCGCUAGAUGACCACAUAAAACUCCAACUGUGGCUCUGUAAUGAAUAUUCUCUGCUGUAUUAUUAGCAAGGCCCAAUGAACACCACUUCCACAAAUCUCUUGAUGGAUUACCACUAAUUUCCAAGGCAGAAUUGGGUUCUUCUUGUGGUAAGUAAUGAAGUAAUAUCCAUCCUUGCAGAACAGCUCCUCUCCAUGCCUGUCCAGCAUUUAUGCAUAAGGAGACAGCAUCUUUAAACUUGCCACACCUAACUUCUGUAAAGAUGCGCUUACACAAAUCAUUAUCAUCCUUUUGAUCUUCUGAGUGUACUAUCUUCUUCUGUCUUCUUGGUGCAUCAGGAUCCAUACAAGUUACCAUUGAUUUGCUCUUCUCUGUAUUAAAUAAGCUAUUUCCAAGUAACAAUUGAUGUAAAGUGUUUCCCCAAUGAAUGUUAUUGCUAAUUAUAGGAGCUGAGGUCUUUGUGGCUUCCUCUUGGUAUGCUGCAGUAGCUUCUAGCCAAUCAACCAACAGUUGCAGCAAUCUUAACUCAGAAUCACUCCUAAACAAAGCAUUUACCAAGGUUUGCUGGGAUAAUGUAGUUUCAGUUAUCAAGCUGUCUAAGGACUCUGGGUGUUCAGUUAUAGAAUCAGCAUAUAAACAAUGAAGCAGUUUCCAUGUGUUGGCUUCUUCAGCCAGCCAAUAGUUUUGUGCAUUAUACCUGUUCCAUGGCUCGACCAGCUCCAGCGAAUCACAACAUACUUGUGCUAACCUCGCUAGCGUGUCUAAAACGUCACUCGGGCGACUUGUUUGUAUUAUUUCAAAGAACGCUUCGCUUAAGCCUUCAGCAGAGACUCCAGGAUUAACUAUUAUUGAAGAUUCAUCAAGCACUUGCCUCAAACUCGUAUCGUUGAGAUUUUUGAAUAUAGAGGUUUCGUUUAAAAUUGGUGAUAAGUUUAAAGUAUCUUCUCUUGCUAACAACUGCCUGUUUUUUCGGUUUUUCAAUGGUGUAAACUGCGUUGAAUGCAUUUGAAGACUUCUAUCGAAACUUUUCGCCAUUUCGGAUAUUAAUUUGAGUUGAAUUAGCAAUACACAAGACAGCAAAAGGUUAGCGGCUAUCUAAGCGCGCCGAACGUUGAUUACAAUUUGACAUUUGUUGGUAUUUUUGACAGCGC